GGCCGCUGACAUUGUUCGCUAUUUUGUCAAUAUCAAAGGUUCUAUACACACGAGAUACACACCACAUUAGCUUUUUGCAUACAGAACCUUAAUUUUACUCCACACCUUUCGAAUAUGGAGUUCUAGUUUAAAUAUCCCCUUACAUUUGAGAUCUACCUGCAAGUCCAUAAUGUGUUCAUCUUCUGCACCAUAUUUGAUGAACCUCCUCAUACUCAUAUCAUUAUCGGUCAUCUUCCCACAAGCGCUUGGGUGCUACAGUUCGAUCUUCAGCUUUGGCGAUUCAGUCGCUGACACGGGGAACCUGUAUAUCAGCUCUCCCAACGAGUCUUUCCCCUUCUUUCAACCUCCAUAUGGGGAGACUUACUUUCAUCACCCCACUGGACGAUGUUCGGAUGGUCGUUUGAUCAUAGACUUCAUUUCGGAGUUUCUUGGAAUUCCGGUGAGACCUUAUUUUGAAGUCAUCAAGAGCAAUGUAGGUGUUCAGAACUUUGAAGGGAAUGGUGUGAAUUUUGCGGUGGGAGGAGCAACAGCGCUGGACUCGACUAUUCUUGGACAAAUGGGAGUUCCUAAUGAACAUACAAACAUCUCUUUAGGAACUCAACUCGAGUGGUUCAAAGACUUGUUGCCUUCCUUGUGCAAUACAUCUUCAGAUUGCGAUAAGCUCUUUUCCAGCUCUCUUAUUAUUGUUGGGGAAAUUGGAGGCAACGAUUACAACCAUGCGUUGUUGUUGGCGGAAAAAAAUAUAGAAGAGGUUCAAACAUAUGUACCACUAGUGAUAGAAGAAAUUGCUUCCACCAUAAAAGAGUUAAUAGAGCUUGGGGCAGUGACACUUCUGGUACCUGGAAACUUUCCAAUUGGUUGUCUUUCUAUUUUUUUAACGAGAUUCGAGUCUCCAGAUGAAAACCAGUACGACUCUUCAACGGGUUGUCUAAAUUGGCUAAAUGAGUUUGCUGCAUAUCACAAUGACCAGCUUCAAACAGAACUAAGUUGGAUCCGAAAGCUUUACCCCAAUGUCAAUAUUAUUUAUGCAGAUUAUUACAAUGCUUUGAUGCGAUUGUACUAUUCUCCAGACCAAUUUGGAUUUAUUGGAGGAACAACCAGAGCAUGUUGUGGAGGAGGAGGACCAUACAAUUACAAUUCAUCAGCAAAAUGUGGCACCUCUCUAGGUGUGAGCAUUUGUGAAAACACUGCAUACUUCACCAACUGGGAUGGUAAACAUUUAACCGAAGCAGCAUAUAGAUGGAUAGCCAAAGCUCUAUUUGAAGAAUAUACCAUGCCCAGUCUUAGUACCUUGUGUGUUUCAGACGGGUGACGACCUGUGGUUAUUUCUUUUAUUUACAGAGCUACAGUGAGUCAUUUAUGGUCAUUCUAUCAAAGAGAAGUUCAAUUAAUGAGUUCACUAUCUUCUCGAUGAAUCAUGUACUAAGUGAGUAAGUGAUUGUACCGUUUGUACAUAAUAUGGUUUGGGG